AUGUCUAGUGUAUCAUGCACCAAUUGGUUGUGCUUCCGAGACGCUCAUUGGGAAAAGAAGAUGCAAAGAAUCAGCGAUGAAGAAUACUACCAUCACUUACUUAAGCACUUAACUGGAGAGACACAUGAAAACGAACAUUGCACGGCGGACGAUCGUGGAUUGGCCAAUACGGACCCAUUUGGCUACGAAGUUCAGCGCGUGUCCAGAGAGAUUGAUCAUUCCCAGGAUCUGGCAACUUUUGAAAGAGUCUUCGAGGCGUAUCGCACCGGCAGUCUAGAAGACGUCAUAGCUGAGCAUGACAGCUUCGACGAGAAAUACACUAAACAUAUCCGUCGGCUGUUAGCCAUGCGAUCAUUACGUGAUAGGCGAGCCGAUAUCCUGCGUUUCUGCCUCAAAUUGGCCGGAUUCGAAUACGACUUUGCAUUUAAGUGGGAAGCGAAUCUUGUGACAAAGGAUGACCAUCCAAAAACCUUUGAAGCACUAGAGGAAUCGCCAUUCAGAAAAGUCCAUCCGCGAAGUCUCCCCCCUUGGGAAAUGUUUGAUAAUGGCGGCCCUUUCGCGGUAGACUGGUGA